UGUUUUCUUUUUAGGAAACCAAUAGAUAAAAUAUUUAGAUGAGCUUUUGUCUUCUGUAAUUUCAUAAAUUCAGAAUUUGAAAUCCUUAAGCAAACCAGCAAAACACGUAGGAGGUUUCAGCAGUUUAAGAUAUUCCAUGCAAUGGUGCAAAGUAAUCCAUGGAAAAUGACACCUGUGGCUUUGAGAUUGUUAUAGUAACCACUACCCUGGGUAAAACUUCAUUUUUGCACUCAGACAAAUACAGCAGGCUCUUGGGUAAGAAUGCAAGAACUCCCAUGUUGUAAUGCACAAUUGAUUAAAAUAAGUAAUAAAAAUUAAUUAAACUAUUAAGAUGCCAGAAAGUUUCCAGCUCUAUCAUAAUGGUAAAUAACUCCCCUGGCCCAUCCAUGUAAUAUGUGCACUGCAGGGGUGUUCCCUGGUCAGUGAUUGCUGGUUCAAUUCUGCCCUCUACAGGAGAUUUUUUUUUUUUUAAGAGAAGCAGAUAUUAUGCAAAUUUUAUGCUGUGACAGUGUCUCUUAAUUUACAGCAGACGUGAUUUUUGUGUAACUUUACGGUUUGAAUAGAUAUUUGUAAAACCAGGAGUGCAUGGAUAGAAACUUCAUUUUAUUUUCAAACCUGUUAUUUCUUUCUUGGGAAAUACCAUUGUAUUCUCAUGUUUUUUCAGUCCCACUGAGUUAUUAUCUGAGUUGCCCAGAUAAUUUACAGUGUUACACAAAUAAAAUCUAUCUAUAGUAGGCCUUCUGACACAUUUCUAUUUUUAAAAUGUUGAGCAUGGAAGCUCUGAAUUAUUUCCUUUGUAGGCAACAGAUUUCUCCUUAAUAUGUGCAAAAUAUUAAUAACUACAAAUGAUUAAGGUAUAAAAAUUUAAAUGUCCCCAAACCACUCAUCCUGGAGAAAUAGUGCACGUAUGUGGCUGAAAUCAGAUAAGUGAGUUUGGUUCAAAUGUGCUCUAGCAGAGGAAGGAGCUCCCUGCCCUCAGCAGUGUCCAGGGGUGGAGAGAACUUCAGUAUUGCUUUGUUUGCCUUGAAACGCCUGGUUUGUACCUGUUCAGGACAGCCUAACAUGCUGAGCAGCACACUCAGCCUUGCAGAGGUUUAACCAGCAGAUUUUUCAAGUGAGAAGUUACAUAUAUGGGUAAUUUCCAAAGGCCUGUGACACUUUAACUUGCCGAGGCAAUCGCUGUGGCACACAAUGAACCUGGCAACUUUACAGGACAGUGUUUAUGUAAGCAUAUUUCUUGACUCUUUUGCAAUGUUUAAUUAUUUUUUUCUAAAAGGAGGGGGCAGAGAGAAACAUCUGGUCACUCUAGUUAGUCCAGUCUGUGUCAUUUGCUGGAGUCACCUGCCUUUUAACCAUGUCCCUGGCACUGCACUGGACCUGGCCAUAAUUAGUUCAGUUUGAAAUACUCCAGAGCCCAACUUGGAAACUUGAAAUCUAUUGCAGACUGAAGCAAACCAGUAAUUCCAGUCAACCAGGAAUAGAAGGAAGAUCAUUCUAAUCUGAUUGACAGCAUUUCCUCUUUUAAUCCUAACUAUUACCUGCUUGGCUCUGAAGGAGUCAGUCAGGUGUCUGCUUUUAUCUGCCACCAACCAAACACAGGGGUACAAUAUGUGAAAGUCUGGGUUUACUUCUGCUUAAACAAUGAAAUAUGUGGAAGAGUUAUUCCAGUUCUACCACCUUGGCUACCCGCUGAAAUUAUUUUCUACUGUAAACGAGACUUCCUUGAUGUGAAUUUCAAACGAAGAGUGCUAUAGCUGUGCUAAUGAUCCUGAAGAGCCUGUUCCUCCCUCCGAGCUCUUCUUGCAAGCUGUUUUUUUCUAAUGAUCCACUGAAGAUUGUGAAGGCGAAAGGCCAGUAUAUGUAUGAUGAGAAUGGGAGACAAUACCUUGACUGCAUAAACAAUGUUGCUCACGUUGGGCACUGUCACCCUGAUGUAGUAAAGGCAGCCUAUGAACAGAAUCAGUUGUUAAAUACAAAUUCUCGUUACCUUCAUGACAACUUGGUUGAUUAUGCAGACAGACUUUCAAAAACCCUGCCUGAGAAAUUAUGCAUCUUCUAUUUUUUGAAUUCUGGAUCUGAAGCCAACGACCUUGCCCUGAGAUUGGCACGGCAGUACACAAAACAUGAGGAUGUUAUUGUUUUGGACCAUGCUUACCAUGGACAUCUGACAUCUUUGAUUGACAUAAGCCCAUAUAAAUUCAGAAAUCUAGAAGGACAAAAGGAAUGGGUCCACGUGGCUCCUGUUCCAGACACGUACAGGGGACUUUACAGAGAAGACCAUGAAGAUUCAGUAACAGCCUAUGCUGAUGAAGUAAAAAAUAUUAUUGAGCAUGCACAUAGGAAAGGCAGAAAGAUUGCUGCAUUUUUUGUUGAAUCUCUACCAAGUGUGGGUGGUCAAAUCAUUCCCCCAGCAGGUUAUUUUCAGAAGGUUGCAGGGCAUGUGCACAAGGCAGGAGGCGUAUUUAUUGCUGAUGAAAUUCAAGUUGGCUUUGGCAGGGUUGGCAAGCACUUUUGGGCAUUCCAGCUUCAGGGAGAAGAUUUUAUACCUGAUAUUGUCACUAUGGGGAAACCGAUAGGAAAUGGGCAUCCGCUUGCUUGUGUAGCAACAACAAAGGAAAUUGCAGCAGCAUUUGCAGCUACAGGAGUGGAGUAUUUUAAUACAUUUGGUGGGAACCCUGUUUCAUGUGCCACUGGAUUAGCUGUGUUAGAUGUGAUUGAGAAGGAACACCUUCAGGCUCAUGCCACAGAGGUAGGCAAUUUCUUGAUGAAGCUACUCAAGGACCAGCAAAUCAAGCAUCCCAUCAUUGGUGAUGUCAGGGGUUGUGGCUUAUUCAUUGGAGUGGACUUAAUCAAGGACCAGGUAGAAAGGACUCCAGCCACAGCAGAAGCAGAAGAUUUAAUAAAAAGACUUAAGGAAAAAUGUAUUUUACUGAGUACAGAUGGGCCAGGAAGAAAUGUGCUGAAAUUCAAACCCCCAAUGUGUUUUAACAUGGAAGAUGCAAAAUUUCUUGUGGAGACAAUUGACAAAAUACUAACAGAUAUGGAAAAAGAAUGUUUGAACCAUUAGAAAAAACCAGUUUGUUCUACCUGAGCAGGUAUUUACCUAUAGUCACCAAGUACUACUUAAAAGCCAAGGUUCCUAAACAGAACUUCAUAAGCUCUGUCAGAAUAAAGCUGCCUCAGAGAUGCUUGUACUCAAAGUUUGCAGGAAUUUCUGGGAAUCUACAAGCACGGACAGUUAUGUAAAUCCAGCAUUCACAACUACCUCCCAUCUGACACUCGCAUCAACACUGUGUGCAUCACUUGUUUGUGAGGGCCAACAUGUCCCAGACAUGACUGUCUCUAGAGCAUGCAAAUGACUGCGCAACCACACAAACAGCUUUUCUGCUUGCUGCUCAGUGCCUUCAGGCUCCAGCCAGAAGCUGGUCCAGCUGCACAACCACUUCUCAGCAGAUCUCCCCUCAAGAGUCAUUUCAGGUUCACAGUUGGUAUCUCAUUUUUCAGGAUCCAUUCACCCCUAGACUCAAAAGUUUGUGGGUAUCAGAAAAAGACUGGUCCUGUUAAGUCUUCAAAGUCUUGUUAUGUCUUCAUCUGUUGAGGUCCCUCAAUAUGUUGCCAAGAAAACAUCUAGCUGUAACUCAAGUUUGCUGCACACUCAUGAGCACAGUGUACACUUAACACCCUUUGGUACACUUAGUACUUCCUCAAACUAGUCUAAAAGACAACCACAUGUUUCGUAGAAUUCAGGAUAGCUGGGCAGGAAAUGGACCUAAGGUGAUCACUGAGCAGUGUAAUCAUUUAGUGGCCUCAACCACCAUGAGAUUCACAGUGCUCUGGCCCUGAGCUAAGGAAAAACAGGUUUUUUAGUUCAGUGUAAUAUUAGUAUAGCAAGCACAAGAAAUAUGUGUUAAUAUUUUAUUUAGCAAGUUAAUGGAAAGACAUACAGCUGUUUAUAUUACUUACUUUUAGGAACAGAAAGAAUACUUAACAGUGCCAGUGCAAAUUAGUGGCCUAAUGAUUUAAUGUGCUUGUCUGUAAUCUAAACUAAGCAAGAAAAAUGCCUUUAUUUUCUACAGGAAACCAAGAAUGCAAAGCCUCUUACUUAGUACAGUACUAGUAAGACACUUACAUAUAAUGUAAGCGAAAAUGAGGCAAUGAAGUAAUCUCUUUUAAUGAUACUUUUACAAAAACCCCGUAACAUUUAUUUUCUUUCCAUAGGUUUCAAACAAUGUUCAAGGUCUACUACUAAGAAACAUUAUUCUACUAUAAUAAUGCACAUUUAAUCUUCAUCUAGUAUGUCUUAGACCAGAUAAGUCACCUUUGAUUUUUCUGUUUUUGCUUAUCUUGUUUUUAGUAAAAGCUCUAGGAGAAAUAAAUUUUACAAGAGCUCGUCUCAACUCUGGAAGUGUGGAAUUGGCUUUUAUUUAAAACAUCAUAUCUAAACCAAUUAUAAAGGAGGAUCUUUCUAGUGGCCACUACAAAAUACAUUUUCUAAAUUGAUGCACUUUCAGGUUAUGACUUUUCCAAAUUAGGAUGAGCUGAUGUGUGUUCUGAUAUUUUUAAAGUCUUCAGCUACCUACACAAAUACCAUUCCAGGUGCUAGUACACCCAGUCCUUCCCAGGCUCCUCUAGCCAGUUUCAGCAGCCAGUGGCAGAACAAGGUCCCUAAGAUGCACUAUAUUCAACAGACACACUCAGCCACCAGGUUAAGUCAAAACUUCAGUUCCGAAUUCCUAACAUCAAACACAUGAGGGACAGACAGCUGAGGGCUAUGGCUCCCAAACCACUUCUUACAAACACAGUCUGUCCUCCAGAAAUACCCAAGUAGGAUUAGUACAUUAGGAGUAGAUUACAGCCAUAAGCAACAACCUUGUAUACAAGCCUUACUUUCACCAGGCAGUUCUUUGUAUCACAAACUUUUCAUGCAAAGAAGAAAGUGAAAAGCCAGCUCUGCAUUUAAGUACCAGUAUCCACAGUUUCUGCCUAAGGCCACAUCACCUGGUAAGGAAGAAUUACCUGACCACCUACUUACAAAAACCACCACAGUAACACCAGCUGACAAACUUGCUAGGACACUACUAGCCAGAAGGACUGCAGCACAACGGUCCUGGUACCAUGCAAUUUUCCCACUGGAGGGCCAAGUGUUUGCUAGAAAAAUAUUCUGCUACCCCUUAUUUCACUAAAAAAAAUACUUUAAGUAUGUAUUAAAGUAUUUAAAUUUUAAAUCUUGAGACAUUAAUACUUUUAAAUACUGUACUUGUUUGCUUCAGUGAUCUGCUGGUUUUUUAUGUGCAAGUAAAUUGGGCUGGAGGUUACAUGGUCCAGCUGAAAAGAUUCAAAAUCUGAUUAUUUUUUUUUUUUAAUACACAAGACUUUCACUUAACACUAGAAGCAUCUUACAGACUUGUAAAUUUACAAGCAAGUUUUUCUUUUCAAGAACAGCCAGCAGGGAGCAGCAGAUUUUAGUCCACGCAGAAAUACCUGCAUCCCUUGUUAAAAAAAAAAAAAAAA